AUGGGGUUCAGCACGACGGCGGAAUUUGACCAGGCCUAUCAAGGUGUGCGCAAGGCGUUCACUUCCGGGGUGACCAAGAACAAGGAGUGGAGGCGACAGCAGCUGAAGCGCACCUGGUGGAUGGUGGAGGACAACAUGGACCGCAUUCGCGCUGCGCUCUAUGCCGACCUCCAUCGUCAUGCCUAUGAAACCGGUCUCUCAGACGUCGCAAUGUUGCAAAAUGACAUCUUGCGGACGCUCGACAAGCUGGAUGAGUGGACCAAGGACGAAAUCCCCACCCGACGGGAUAUGGUGAACUUCCUGGGGGGCACGCGGGUGCGUAAAGAGCCCAAAGGAGUUGCGCUGAUUAUCGGCGCCUGGAACUUUCCAAUUCUAUUGCUGCUCCAGCCUAUGAUCGCCGCGAUUGCGGCCGGAUGUGCUAUCAUCCUGAAGCCAUCCGACAUGGCUAUUGCCACACAGGAUCUGCUGAUGGAGAUUAUCCCGAAGUAUCUCGACCAAGAAGCCAUCCGCUGCAUCACUGCUGGCCCGCGGGAGAUGUCGUAUGUCCUCGAUCAGCGCUACGACCAUAUCUUCUACACAGGAUCCGGCCAUGUGGGCAAGAUCGUCCAUGCUGCUGCGGCGAAACAUCUGACCCCCGUUACCCUAGAGCUGGGAGGUCUUGCGCCAGCCAUCGUCACCGCGGCAGCCAAUGUAGAGCUUUCUGGCAAGCACAUCGCUGCCACCAAAUUCAGCAAUGCCGGCCAGAUCUGUCUGAACGUCAAUCAUGUCAUUGUCGACCCGACGGUACGACAAAGCCUCGUCGACAGUCUGACACGGCACUUCGAUGUCUUCAUGGGGGGCAAGGGGGCGAGACCGGAAUACUACACCCAUAUAAUCAACGAGCGCAACUUCGACCGCCUGGAACGCCUUCUUGAGGCGACAUCUGGUCAAAUCGUAUACGGCGGCCACCGUGACCGCGACACCCGGUUCUUCGCACCGACCAUUGUGACAGGCGUCAAGCCUGGCGAUGCCCUUCUUUCCGAAGAACUGGGGACAACCCCCCUCGCAAUCUACGCCUUCACGGAGAAACAAGCCGAGAAGAACCGCAUCCUGGACGAGACGCAGUCCGGCGGCGUCACCUUCAAUGACUGCACGCUGCACGUCGUGGCGCGGGAUGCGCCAUUCGGCGGCAUUGGAGCCUCCGGACAGGGCUACUACCACGGAUCGUACGGAAUCCGCGAGUUCUCGUACCUACGCACGCAUGUCGAUGCCAUGCCCACCUGGAUGGAGGCCCUUAUGGACGCGCGAUACCCUCCCUACUCGAUUGAGAAGCUGAAGAAGAUCGUGUCGGCAACAAAGCCGUCUUUUGAUCGAGAGGGUCGAGACAUCUCGCGCGGGACUACGAAAUGGGUGUUGGGAUUGGGGGCACUUGUGCUUUCGGUGGCUAUGGUUACGCCGCGCCAGCAGGUCCAGAGUCUUGUUAUGCGGGUGAUCAAUGGGGCGUGGUCAUAA